CUGCCUAUUCCUCCUAUUCAAGGACUGGAGCUUCUCCAAGCCCAUGAAUGUAGUGAAUGUGGGAAGGUCUUUCUUAGUGCCCAAAGUGGGCAACGCCAUGCAAGUAAAAUCCAUGAGAUGAAGACUCUAACUUCCCAAAAUGCUUGCUUGACUCCCAUAUUGGCCCAAUCUUUGUCCAAAAACAAAUUCUAUUUCAAAGUCACUGAGCCAGCCACUGAACCUGGCCCUUCACCAACUCCUGGCCCAUCUCAGCCACAUCAAGCCCAAAGACCUAGGUCAGGAAAUAUAUCAAGCCCUUUAUGCAUUCCCUAACUGUCUCUUAGGGUGGUUGAGUCCAGUGACUCUGAUAUUGAGAUGGUCUCUGCCAGGGAUGUCAAUACCUCUCUGAGAGCCUCUUCUGCCUUUGGACCCUCUGCCAGUCUUCCUACCAGGCCUGGUUCUUCGUCGCAGCCUGACUCUGGCAUCACCCCAGAUCUGGUGGAUUCCCUGCUCCGUCAGUACCAGGAAAUCCAGAAGCCCCAGCCAGAGCAAGCCAAGAUCUAUCUCUCUGGGUCUAGGGAUGAGCUCAAUGGAUUUCAGCUCCACACCAGGUAUCCAGAGUUCCUGCAGCAACGCUCCCUCCCAAAGCUAAGAAAUCUCUUCUCUCUAUCCCUAGAGCAUUCUGAUCGAAUCCAUGAUUUCCUGACUGCCUGCACCACCUAUAUAUUCGCCAAAGGCCAGAAGAUCAUCCCUCUCCUUUCUCGCCAUGUUCGAUGCCUUCUCAAUAGUUUUGACAUUGAGCAUGUGACUCUGCGCCCUUUCAAACCCCUCCAGGAGGCAGCCAGUGCCCAGAAAUAUGCCCGCGUGCUUCACAGCUUUCUCGUUUUUCUGUUGGAGAGCUAUCCCUACCAGGUCACUAGGGGGCCUAGGGAUAGGGACCUGAAUCGACUCUAUGCUAUAGAUCACAUGGUCAAGGCGGGGAUUCAGGAGCUCAAGGACCUGCUACUAUCCCCCACCCUAGCGGAAGAGGAUGAGGAGGCACCAAAGGCCUCAGGCCCCUUGCAGGCAGGCAGUGCCCGUGCCUAUAUUGGUGAUGACCUUGAUGGUGAGAAUGAUGAAGAGGAUGAGAUCGAUCUGGCCCUGGACCUAGGGGGGGAUGAUGGUGAGGAAGAUCUUGAGGACUCUGGUGUUCUCGAGAAGCUCGAGCGGCAGGCCUGGCAGGCCACCAGUGGUUUUCAAUUCACUCAGGCGGCAGUGCACGAAGGGGUGGCUCUCAUUGAAAAGCUCCUCAUUGACCUGGUCACCAGGCAUGAGUCAUAUGACAUGAAGGGCCCUAUCUACGCGUUCCUGGCCUGUUUCAGUAUUCACUACCAGGAGGUGACCUUCAAGCGAAUUGACCGCAUCAGCCAGUCCUACUCUGCCGUUAUCUACGCCAUGCAGCUGGUCGCCAUCAACCACCAUUGGACCCCAUGGAUCCGGAGGAUCCUUGAAGCGAAAGAGGAUGGGCAGGACCAAGCGCUGGCUAAUGCGGCCCCAUUUCAUGCUGUCUUCGGCCCCUGGCUGCAGACCUACUUCAAGCACCAGUCUUUGACUUCAGCCAGCGGUGGCAUUCCUAUAUCGGCAUGGGGCCUGAUUUUGACUUUUUGAGCUUUCUCUAUCAAGGCAGACCGCUG